GUACCGGGCCGGACGGUGUGGCUGCUGUCAGUAGUGAAGUCUGUGACGGUGGAUGAGCACCGCCCGUCCCGGCGCGCUGUUGUUUGUGUGCGAGCGUGUGUGCGUGCAAGACCCUGACCUGCCCUCAGCUCCGCGGCCCAAUCGCCAGGAUUCCUGAUACAACAAAAGAGCCGGGCUGAAACUGCGGUUUCUGUCUUACUCGGCCAUCAAAUGCACUGCACGGCGACUGUUUGAUCCGAGACUUCCUGGACUUCCCCGAAGAUGGAGUCGGGGUCGCUGCGAGUGUACUACGGCGGCGAGGGCGUCCCGCAUCCAGGCGUGACCCUCUCCGAGUUCACCCUCAAGCACCUGCGGCACUUCGCUGACCUCGGGGAGCUCGCCCCGCCCGCCCAGAUCGACGCCGCGACGGGCCGCUCGGUGAGCUUCGGCUGGCUGCUGGAGCGCUGCGUCAACGCCGCGGGGGGUUGGCGGGCGCUGGGGCUGCGCGCCGGGGACACGGUCGCCGUCUGCAGCAACAACCACCACGCGCUGUUCCCCGCCGUCCUGGGCGCCAUGUUCAACGGCUGCACAGUGGCCGCCAUCGUCCCCUCCAGCAACACGGAUGAACUCCUGGAGUCCCUGCUGUUGGUGGCCCCUCGGGGCCUCGUCUCGGACGAGCUGACCGCCCCGUGGAUGGCGUCUGCAGCCGAGGCCCUGCACCGGCAGCGGGGGACUUCGACGCAGCACGUGGUGGUGGUGGAUGAGGCCAGCAGCUCGCCGAUCCCAUCCAGGGCCAUAUCUACCGAUGCGCUCUUCCAGAAGGGCGCGGCCGCGAGGUGCGGGUUGGACCUAGACGCGUACGUCCCGGCAGCCAUCGGGGACCCCAAGCAGCACGGCGCCUACAUCCUGUUCUCCUCCGGCACCACGGGGAAGCCCAAGGCCGUCCUCACAAGCGACUUCUCCAUGCUCGUGCACGCGCUCAACCCCGGGUCGUGGGCCGUGCAGGGGGGAGAGAGGUUCCUGGUGUCGUCGCCGCUGUCCUGGAUCUCUGGCGCUCUCAUGAUGUUCGAGUGCACGUUCGUGGGGGCCACGAGGGUCUUCGUCCGGGCGUGCAGCGACGAGAUAACCUGGAUGCGGACUAUAGACAAAUUCAAGAUUAGCCUGACGUUCGCACCGCCCUGGCUGCUGUCGCUGGUGCCGGACGCGCUGGCGGGCGGCGGCGCCAAGUACGACCUGGGGAGCCUGCGCGCCGUGGCGACGGGCGGCGCGGCGCUGGGCGCGGACAUGCAGGCCCGGCUACAGGACUCUCUGGGCUGCACCGUCGCACAGGGUUACGGCUGCACCGAGGCGGGGGUCGCCUUCUCGGACUCCACCGGCCUCCCCGGGCAGCCGCCGCCCAGGCCCGGGUCGCUCGGCCAGCUCCAACCCUGGGUGCAUCUGAGGCUCGUGGACCCCGUCAGCGGCAGAGACGUACGUGAAGACAUCGCCGAGGGCGAGCUCCGCUACAAGACGCCCUACCUCAUGCUGUGCUACGUCGGGGACCCCAAGGCGUCGGCGCGAGCGUUCGACGAGCAUGGCUUCUACUGCACGGGGGACCUGGUGCGCAGGGACGCCGACGGCUACUACUACUUCGUGGACCGCAUCAAGGAACUCAUGAAGUACAACAGCUGGCCGAUUGCAGCAAGUCAGUUGGAGGAGGUAUUGCUCUGCCAUCCCCUUGUGCGAGAAGCGGGCGUGGUUGGCCGUCCACACGCCAUUCACGGAGAUUUGCCCACAGCCUUUGUAGUCAGGUCCUAUGAGAAGGACCUCAGCAACGAACAGCUCGGAGAAGAAAUACACCAACUAGUAAGAGCUCGUCUCUCUGACCACAAAUUGCUGAGAGGGGGCAUUUGUUUCGUUGAUGAAAUACCAAAAACUACAUCAGGAAAAAUAAACCGGAAUAGUUUAAAACAGAGGCUGGCCUCUUUUGAUGAGAUUGCAAAACUUGACUCCAGUGUUCUAGAAAAAUGUGUGUACUUGGAAAAUAUCCAUUAGCUCAAAGGUAACGAGGAUAAGAAAUUUUGUGAAAUAUGAAAUAAACCAGAAACCCCAUAUCAUA